AUGAAGCAGAUAGGCCUGGAGUUGUGGAAGGUCGGCAACCAGGAGUGCUGGCAGGCCGGUGUGUCCUCUGUCUCUCAGGUGUGUCCUCUCUCCCCAGGUGUGUGGCUGAACGACCUGGUGCAGGUAGCAGCUCAUGAGAUUGGUCACGCUCUGGGGCUGUGGCACUCUAGAGACCCGCAGGCUCUGAUGCACCCGAACGCCACAUCCACCGGGCAGAGGAACGUGGCUCAGGACGACGUGUGGGGCAUCCGGAGGCUCUACGGCUGUCUGGAUAAGAAGAGGGUGUGUGAGCCGUGGGCUCGGCUGGGUUUCUGCGAGCGGCGGAGGACGUUCAUGAAGAAGAACUGUCCUCAGCGCUGUGACCUGUGCUACGAGCCAGUGGAGGAUAUUUCCACGCCGGCGCCGCCCGCCAACGUGAAGAUUAAAAUGGUUCCCCGAGGGAAGGUGGUGGGUUUCCGCUGUGGAAACAAAAACCUCCGAACUCCACCCAAAGUCAGCUGGUACAAAGACAACGAGCAGAUCCUGUCCUCUGUCCCCGGCUACAUCAUGAUGAAGGACCGAGACCUCCGCAUCGUGGCUAACGAGUUUAACGAGGGCGUGUACACCUGCCGGAUCCACCGGCGCGGCGAAGUCGUCUCAGCCAACUCCUGGUUAAUCCGGCUGAAACCAGAGCAGCCGUCCAACAGCUGAGGACGUCCGGGGGACGGAGGACAAAACAAAGAGAAGCUUUGACAUCAGAAGAGCAGAAAAUCACAUUCUGUCCCAGAGGGGGGUCUGGACCUCUGCAGGUGUGCUCUGUGGGAACAGGACCUCAUUCCCCUGUAGAAAGAGACGUGUGAUGUCCUUAUAAGCCCUGUGUCCUCUAAAGGUCCUGGUAGGACGUCAUGUGUCUGCUGUCGUCAUCUACAUCUCGUUGAGACGUCGUGUCCUCGCUAACAUCUCGUUGAGACGUCGUGUCCUCUCUGACCUCUCGUUGAGACGUCGUGUCCUCUCUAACCUCUCGUUGAGACGUCGUGUCCUCUCUAACCUCUCGUUGAGACGUCGUGUCCUCUCUGACCUCUCGUUGAGACAUCGUGUCCUCUCUAACCUCUCGUUGAGACGUCGUGUCCUCUCUAACCUCUCGUUGAGACGUCGUGUCCUCUCUGACCUCUCGUUGAGACGUCGUGUCCUCUCUAACCUCUCGUUGAGACGUGUCCUCUCUGACCUCUCGUUGAGACGUCGUGUCCUCUCUGACCUCUCGUUGAGACGUGUGUCUCUGACCUCUCGUUGAGACGUGUC